GAGGGGAAGUCCCGCCCCGACCGCCCGUACCCGGCGCUGCCGUCCCUCCCUCGGUCCGCGGAAGGCGGGAAGCGGUGCCGGCGAUGGGCGACAUCCACGAGGUGCCGCGGCCGCGCAUCGGCACGGGGCAGCUGGCGCAGCACAUCGGGCAGCCCGUCUGCUUCGUGGGGCGCGUCGAGAAGAUUCAUCCUAGUGGGAAGCUUGUCGUGCUUUCGGAUGGACUCGGCAAGCAUACGACUGUGGAGCUGAGCGAGCCUCUGGAUGAGGAGAUUUCAGGGGUUAUUGAAGUGGUGGGAAGAGUAACAAAUCAGGCAACCAUCAUGUGUGCAUCAUAUGUCCAGUUCAGAGAAGAUAAAAGUUUAUUUGAUCUGGAACUCUACAAUGAAGCACUAAAAAUUAUUCAUGAAUUCCCUGAAUACUUCCCGUUUGGUACUGGGAGGAACACUUGAUUUUUAUUAGCAUAUAUUUAGAGCUUCUAACAGUACUGUGGUUUCUUGCCUGACAGCAUGGUAACAGUUGCAUUUAUUUUCAACAAAUAUACUGAAAAGACACUGUUACAUGUGCUAAGUAUUGCCUAUGAAGAGUAUUUUCUUUGCAAAUGUAUUUAUUCAGCAAGGAGAACACUUUGUGAGUGUCUCACUCACUGUAUAUAUUUAACCCUUUUGCAUCUAUGAGGAGUGUUCUGCAAGAUUAGACUUGUCAGAAACUGAAAUCUUAUAAGCAUCCUUUUCUACUUGUUAGAGGGUCUAGGAUACAUUACAGGAAACUUGUAUGGAAAAAAAUUGGUGGGGUUUUAAUAUAAAGAUUUUUGCUUUAAUUUGCUUUGAUACAAAUUUGUUGAAUGGGGGGGUAUUUUGCAUCUUGAAAAUUUAUCUUCAAUAAAAAAGAUUCACUACAUUUAACUGUUCAUGUCAGCAUUAAAUGUUAAGAGUGCUAUUUUCAGUGA